CGGAAGCUCGAUGGUUGUGGGCGGAGCUAUGACGUCCUUGGCUGGGCUUCUGGGGAGGCCGCGGCGGGGAAGAUGGCGGACGGGAAGGCGGGAGAGGAGAAAGCUGAGAAGCCGCAGCGAGCCGGAGCCGCCGGAGGACCUGAAGAAGAAGCAGAAAAACCUGUGAAAACUAAGACUGUUUCUUCCAGUAAUGGAGGGGAAAGUUCCAGUCGCAGCGCUGAAAAGCGAUCAGCUGAAGAAGAAGUUGCAGACCUCCCAACAAAGCCAACAAAGAUCUCCAAGUUUGGAUUUGCCAUAGGUAGUCAGAUGACAAAGAAAGCAUCAGCCAUAUCCAUCAAACUUGGAUCAAGUAAGCCUAAGGAAACUGUUCCAACUCUUGCUCCAAAAACCCUUUCCGUAGCAGCAGCUUUCAAUGAAGAUGAAGAUAGUGAACCAGAAGAAAUGCCCCCAGAAGCAAAGAUGAGGAUGAAGAAUAUUGGAAGGGAUACACCAACAUCAGCUGGACCAAACUCCUUUAAUAAAGGAAAGCAUGGGUUUUCCGAUAAUCAGAAGCUGUGGGAACGAAAUAUAAAAUCUCAUCUUGGAAAUGUCCAUGACCAAGACAAUUAAAUGAUGUGUUUUGAGAUUGGGAUGUGGUUUUUUUAAGAUUGAGUGGUACACUAAUAAAUGAGAGUUUGAAAUUAGAGGUAAUUUAUGUUUUAUAUACAGAUUUCAAGACAUUUGCUAAUUUUGUAGAUUCAUGUGAUUAGCUUCCAAAGGUUACAGAUAAUAAAGAAAUCAGAAAUGGUACCUUUCUAAGAAUUGCAUAUUUUUUUAGACACAACUAUUAGCACAUUGAGAGGGAAACCAAAAGUUACUGUCUCUCUGUGAGCAGCUACUCCUAACCUCACUCCCUCAUUACCUAAGCUGUGUGGCUCCCAGGACCAGCAUUAUGGAGAGAGGGGAGUAUGUAUUGAGAGGAAAUCCUUACUGGACGAUUGACUGAAAGUAAAUUUAGAUAAAAUUGAACCUUUUUUCCUGUGGGCAUUUUGUUUUUCUUUUGGGUCAUUAUACAUUAGGUAUGGCAUUGUCAGUGGAUACAGACGCUUAGCUCUUUUAAAAAAAUUUUAUGUGAAGUAUUGAAAUAGCUCACUUCACUUUAAUGGAGUUUGUCUGCCCUUCAGUUGUCUUCAAAGAACACCAUUUGCUACCAAAGUAAAUCAGUAUUUUGAAUGUGCUUCUCUUGGUUUUUGUUCCUAGUUCCUGUAAGCAUUUCCACCAGAACUUGAGGCAAAUCAUAAGGAAGCUGUUUCUUUUAAAGUACAAACCACCACCAAAAAUCUAAAUGUACAUACUGCUUUAAGUAUUUGGCUGGUUUUUAUUUUUUUUCAAAGGUUUACCAAAAAGGCAUAACAUUGUAUGAAGAAAAAAAUGUGAUGCACUUUCUGUGACUUUGUAAAAGCAUUUAAUUUACUAACUUGUUAGAUCAAAUUUUGAAUUGAAUUCACUGCAAGAUUUCUUAUUUGUACAAUUCUACAGCUUAUUUUAAGUAUAUAUGUACUGACCAGUGGUUUCAAAAGCACAUUUUAAUUAUUGAAAUAGAAGGAAAGAAAAUGCAUCUUCAAACAUUUUCAUUAUGAAAUCUCACCACACUAUUCAAUUUGUGUAUUGUAGGGUGUUUGUAUUUUUGUAUUGUAUAUGGACUUUUUUUUAUGUGACAGUUAAACACAUCUUUAAAAAUAUCACAGACAAAAGAAAUGAUAUGAUUUCCUUGAAAAUUACAAUGUUAAAUUUGGAGGCAGCUUCAAAAAAUUUUAUUGGUGGUAAUUACUCACUGGGCUUUUUUAAAUAUCGUAACUUCUGAGAAGCAGCCUGCAGAUGUUCUUAACACUUUGUUCACUUACAUUUAAGUUUAGUUACCGAGCCCCAAGUAAAACAAUGGAAAUGUACAUAGCACUAUUAGUUCUUACAUGAUUUAAUUAUAUCAAGAUACAUAAAUUUAACUUUUAUGUAGGCAAACUGUCCAUUUUACUGUUUGUUAAAAUAACACACCUCUCCUACAUAGUCUUUACUUGACCCAAAUGAAAUAUUAACCUAAGGUCAAGGUGAGGAGAGAGAAACGACUGAGAUGAAUGUCUUUACUAAAAUACCAAUAAAUUUUGUCAAACUCA